CACUGUCUCUGUCAUACCCCCUCCUCCCUCUCUCACACACAUACACUCUCUCUCUGUGUUGUCACUGCUGCGACCCGCCUCUGCCAGGUUUUCCGUUGCAUUGCCCUGGACCUCAUUCCAUGCGACCAUCUUGUCAAGAUCUGCUAACUGAAUGAUGGAAAUAACGUUAUUGAAGAUUUUGUUGUGAAAUUUUGUGCCCUGUGCAGUUUUCAGAACACCAACAUAACCCAGGAUUAAGGCUAAAAGAGCUUAGUACUUUCGGCAGUCACUGUUUUUUCAUCUGCACCCAACCUCAGGGGAUGCAACAUGACCUCUGUUGUGGUGGAUGGUGGAGGGUUGGUCAUAGACUUUGCCAGCAAUGGUGUGGAAAACCCUGAGCAGGAGGAAGUUUACGUAACUGAGUAUCCUGCGGUAAUUGUGGAGCCAGUUCCGAGUGCCCGUUUGGAGCAGGGCUAUGCUGCCCAGGUUCUGGUGUACGAUGAUGAGACCUUCAUGAUACAAGAUGUUGCAGAGGAGCAAGAGGUGGAGACUGAAACAGUGGAGAUAGUGGAAGCCUCUGUUCAUGGUAGCCAUGUUCAUUGCUCGGACAAGACUAUCGAAGCUGCGGAGGCAUUGCUUCAUAUGGAGUCACCCACUAUCCUGCGGGAAACCAGAAGCCCAGUGGAAAUAUUUGUUCCUCCGUGUGUCUCCACCCCAGAGUUUAUACAUGCAGCCAUGAGGCCAGAUGUCAUCACCGAGACAGUGGUGGAGGUUUCUACAGAGGAUUCUGAACCCAUGGAUUCCUCUCCAAUCCCAAUAUCUCUUGAGCUAGGAGAACCAAUGAAAAAGAAAAAAGCUGGUCGCAAACCUAAGGUUCAACAGCCCACGUUUCCCAAUGGCUCUCCAGACUUGGGAAUUAAGAAGAAACCAAGAGAAGGGAAAGGGAAUACAACAUACUUGUGGGAGUUCUUAUUGGACCUUCUACAAGACAAAAAUACCUGUCCUCGGUAUAUCAAAUGGACCCAGAGAGAGAAAGGCAUCUUUAAAUUGGUUGACUCCAAGGCUGUCUCCAAACUGUGGGGGAAGCACAAAAACAAGCCUGACAUGAACUAUGAGACAAUGGGAAGGGCACUCAGGUACUACUAUCAGAGAGGCAUUCUUGCAAAAGUAGAGGGCCAAAGGCUGGUGUACCAAUUCAAGGAAAUGCCCAAGAACAUUGUAGUCAUAGAAGAUGACAAGUCGGAGGUCUGCAAUGAAGAACUGGUGUCACCUGCUGAUGAAAAGUCAAUGGAACGUGUGUCUAUCCCCACGGAGGGAGUUAUGAAAAUGGCAAUGCCUGCACGCUUGGAGAAGAGCCCCAUCCAACAGACCUCAGCCAAGAAACCCAGACUAGUCAGUGUGGCAUCCUCACCGGGUAGUGAGUCUUUACCGCAAUCGCCCACAAGCACUACACCAUCCUCGGUACAGAGAACUGUUCGGGUGGCUAUGCAGGUACCUGUCAUGAUGACAUCUUUGGGUCAGAAAAUAUCUACUUUGGCCGUCCAAUCCGUAAAUCCUGGUUCUCCUCUGAUAGCCAGCACCAGCCCAACAACUGGAUCAGCUCCCAAAGUUGUGAUCCAGACAAUCCCUGCUAUGUUGCCAGCAUCUUCAGAAAGUGGUGACAAAUUCACAAUGCAGCCUGCCAAAAUCAUUACCAUACCAACUUCCCAGCUCACCCAGUGUCAGCUGCAGACAAAGUCCACCCUAAGUAAUGCAGGAGGCUUAAAUUUUAUGGGCACCCCACUGACUGUGAGAGCACUUACUCCUGUGUCCAUAGCCCAUGGGACCCCUGUUAUGAGACUAGCAGUUCCUGCUCAGCAAGCCAGGUGUCAGACUCCCCCCAGAGUCAUCAGUACUCUUAUUAAAGCACCAGAUUUCAAAUCGGACACAAUGGUGAGCAGACAGGAAGGAGAGUUGAAAACAUUUCAACUGGUGAAAGAGGACAAGCAGAUAGAGGGAGGCAAAACUGUUACCCAUGUUGUUGUUGUAAGCGCUCCCUCUGGCCUAACCCUUCCAAUGACUGUAAAACCGGAAGGAACGGUAGUGUGCGAAAAAUAAAGGUCCAAGAAUGUGUACCAAGGAAUUGUCAAACUGACAUUAAAAGACUUAAGAAGCAGAUUAUUAAUGAAGUCCCCUGAGACUUUAAAACAAGAGACAAUGCAAGUAAUCUGGAUUAAAAAUUAGACUUGACUGGAAAUGAAUUUUGUCCUAUAAUUAUAGGAUAUCUGACAUGUUCAUAGCCUGAUGGAAUAUUGCCUCUUUCAAGAAAAUCUAUUUUUCAUCAAUGGAAAAAUAAAAUACAGAAGGGACCAAAGUGGAAAUAAAUACAUUAUAUAUAUAUAUAUAUAUAUAUAUAUAUAUAUAUAUAUAUAUAUAUAUAUAUAUAUAUAUAUAUAUAUAUAUAUAUAUAUAUAUAUUAUUGGGUUACACUAAAAAGGUGGAACACUAAAAUUUAAGUUUGUGAGUGGCUGUUUAUGUCAAAUUAGAAUUGUAGUUGAUCGGGUCAAAGUUGGAAAAUGUAAAUUGUAACACGUUUUCUUCUGCUUUUUUUUAUUAUUUUUUUCCCCGACACCAUAUACCACUGUGUGCAAACAGCCCUCACUUAUCCGGUGCUAUGUAAAAAGUACUAAAUCUGUGUUUCACAAAAUUAAUUUCAAAGAUAGUGUUCCUCAAAUCUCUAGUGAUACGUUUUUGGAACAGCCUAAAACAAGAUUUAGGAAGUAUAAAAAGCAAAUUUCAUAUGGAAGCCUUAGACUGAUUAUCAGUUUUAUUUUCCUUGAAAUAAGCUAAUAGCUUGUUUGUGUAAAGCAAUUUUUAUAUAUAAAUAUAUUUAAGAAAAAAAACUUUAAAAAAAUCAAAAAACAAAACCUUGUACCUAGCACAGUAUUGUUAUAGAAUUACAUGUAACAUAUUUUAUAUGGUAGUUUAAAGUCUGAAUGAAUUUGUUUUUGUAAAAACUUGUAUGUGGCUAGGAGAGUCUGAAGCAUAUUGUGCUGCAAGCCUUUUCAGUGUAAGGAGGUAGACUUGUGGGAACGUUCCCUCCAGCAAAUAAGCCUUGAAUUGUAUCAUGCUUUUGCCACAUAGAAUCCAUGCAUACAUUUCAAUUUCUGCUAUCCAUUUGAAAGGUCAUCCAAAGCAUGAGCCCAUAUUUUGGGGGGGUGCGGGAGUUUGAAACCUGCUAUUUUUUUAGUUGAAGUUAUGAUGGGAGGGAGGGUGGGAAGCAGAUAGGGGAGGAUAAAAUAACAGUGUUCAGAAUGAACUACAAUAGUUUGUAUAUUCAACAUUUGAAGUAUAUUCUAUUUUGUUGUACUCUUGUUUCAAAGUGUAUUCAAGUAGAUUUUACUGCAAUAUAGAAAAUAAUUUGA